AUGCAUACUAACCGAUUUGCCAGUGUUCUCACCAAGAGAUUCCAAUCCACUGUCGACCCAAAGAUCGCCACCAUCGUGGACCAGAUCUCCCAGCUGACGUUGCUGGAGACUUCUUCGUUGAUCAACGAGUUGAAAGUCAAGUUGGACAUUCCUGAUAUCUCGUUCCCAGCUGCUCAGGCCGCUCCAGCUGCUGCAGUGGAGGCCGAAGAAGAAGCCAAGCCAGUCGUUGCUGAAAAGACGAUUUUCACCUUGAAACUGGAGAGCUUCGACCCUAAGUCCAAGCCAAAGGUCAUAAAAGAGGUCAAGACUAUUCUUGGUCUUUCCCUGGUUGACUCCAAGAAGUUGGUUGAGAGUGCACCCAAGGUGUUGAAGGAGGGUGUUCCUAAGGAGGAGGCUGAGAAGAUUAAGGCUCUUUUGGAGAGUCUUGGCUCGAAGGUUUCUUUGGAAUAA